CCCUGAUGUCACUUUGAGGGCUCCAACGCCACUGACGCAGUCGUUCCGCUGGCGAAUAAGCGAAGGUCGGCAUCUCCAGUACGUCUGCCUGCUCGACGCCUCCUCAAGGGCGUGGGGCGGGCUAUCCACUUGCAGGGCGACAGAGGGAGGCCAUACACCUCCCUCCCACCCUCCGCUCUAUGCUGCGUCUGUCGGCAGUGGACGAAUACCCCUACCAAGUGGGCGGCCACACGCAACUGGUUAAGCCGAGGGGCAGUGCACUCGUCUACAAGCCACUCAAUGCAAACGAACACCGUUUCUACGGUACACGUGACAGCGACACGCGACACACAGGAAGGCUGACUGACCGACUGGGCGCAUGUACUGUAGCUGUCUGUGUUGGGUGUGUGUGCAUUGCAGAGAAGCUGCGUGCGUUGGGUGGGACUUGUGUGGUUGAGGCUCAUUCGGCGCUGCAGCUGAUCCGGAAGUUCACGCCGCGUUACUUCGGCAGCAAGGAGGUGGUGCUGGGGUCGGGUCACAUGAUGCAGGUCAUCAUGCUGGAGGACUUGGUCGACGGCUUCCGCCGCCCGUGUGUGCUGGACCUCAAGAUGGGCCGCCGGCAGCGGAAGCUCAACGCAUCGCCCGAGAAGGAGAGGCGGCAGGAGAUCAAGAGCCUCACAACCACAUCACAUAGCCUGGGAUUCAGAAUGUACAUAAGAAACGAUGCGGUCACACAGACACUCAGACACUUGUAGACUCUUACAUGAAUGAGACCAUUCUGUCUGUCUGCCUGUCUGUGUGUGGGUCCCUCCCUGUGUGUUUGUCGUGCAGUUGUGGGUGUCAGUUGUACGAUCGCCAGGCUGAUAGGUAUCACCUGAGGUCCAAACUCUGGGGCCGAAGGCUCGACGAAGGUAGGUCAGCAGGGCAACGGCAGGCACAACACAAUGAGCACACACUGGUGGCGCGUGCAGACACUGACUGCAUUUUGUGUCUUGUCUGGUCUUGUCUUGUCUUGUGUUGUGUGCAGGUAUGGUUGAGAGGACGUUGGAGUUGUUUUUGUACGAUGGCCAUCGUGUGGAGGCCAACCUCAUCCUGCCGCUGCUUGAGAAACUUCAGACCCUCGCCAAAGGUACACACCACAAGGCAGCAGCGGCCCCAUCCCUCUACACACCCACGUCACUCGCGUGUCUGUCUGUGUGUGUGUGUGUGUGUAUGUAUGUGUGUGUGAAGGUAUCGGCGAGGCGCGGCACUAUCGCUUCUGGUCCUCGUCGCUGCUCGUCGUCUACGACGGGGGGCUCCCCACGCCGCACGAGCGAUGCAAGGUAGGGUAGGCAUGUGAUGUGCACACGCAUGGAGACACACAACACACCACACCCACACACGCUGCCUCUGUGUGGGUCCCUGUGUGUGUGUCCAUCCAGUCGGUGGACAUUCGUCUGAUAGAUUUCGCCAACACGAUCUACCUGGCCGACAACCCAACGGCCGACUGCGAGUACCUCUUCGGGCUCAAGAACCUUAGCGACGUCCUGCAGCGCAUCGCCACACGACACACACCUUCAGCCCUCGCGCCACCCCCUCUCCCACGCGCACACUCGUCGCCACACCACCCUCACCCUCACCCGGCAGCCCAGCAGCAGCAUAAGCUGGAAGACCUGCUGGCCGACAUCGACAGCCACGUGUGUGUCGGGGAGGACACCGAUGACGCUGCCGCCGGCCGGCUCGGGAGCUGCCGUCCGCAGAGGCGUGAGCCCUCAGUGGUGUGUGUGGUCAAGCGGCGAGGCAGCGACUGGACCGACCGGCGAACCAUCGCACGGCCCCGCACGUCGACGGAAGAGGGCCGGGGGGAGGGUGAGGGCACGCCAGCAAUCGGCACGGACGCGUCUGUGCGGGCAAGGAGGGAGAGCAAAGUGCUCGACAACAUGGCUCCACCCGCACAGACGCAACCUGAUACGGUCUGGCGGGGUCAGGUGUCCAGUGAUGAUAGCUCCAAGUCGACGUCUCUAGUGGGCGGGGAGUCGCUGUGGGUGCAGUUGGCUUCGACAGAGACCCUCCAGGCGCCGAGCGAGACGGCCGAGGGGGAGACGCCGGCGGCUGGGAGUCUGAGUAAGCAUUGAGAAGAGGCAGGGAUGAACAAGCAAGGUGACAAACACCGGCAUCUGUCCAUCCUCCGUGUGUUUGGUGUCUGUCAGUGAAUCCUCGUGAGCUGGGUUGGUUCGGUAGUGGUGUCAUGUCGCUGGCUCCGGCGGCCGACACGGACAUCGAGAGAGACACUGUUGGUGGUGUUGCUGAGCAGGGUGAGGAGGGGCCGAGUGGUGGUGCUGGCGUAGCGGGGGCGGUGGUGAUGGGUGUGGAGGACGACCCAUGCGACACGUGGGAUAUGCCGAUGGAUGCCGGCCGUGCUGGGCGGUGGGAUGGCAUUGGUGGCUGUGAUGACGAUAGAGCGUCCGAGAUGGCAGAUACCGACCAAUACUACUGCCUCAGGCAGGCAACACACACGCACCAUACCAUCACAGACACAACCAACCGAGGCUCAUAUAUCUAUGUCUUUUGUGGUGGCCUGGCCUGCCUCUCGUCAUGCAAUCAACGCAGGCGCUGUCUCUCUGCCCCGCGCAUAGGCGGCAGCAGCGCAUCCCACCACCACCUCCUGGCGUUGAUCGAUGACCUACCUGAGGACCAGACGACCUACGCUGUCGUCCACAUGAGCGACGACAAGGAGCCCUACCUCUGGCUGCCCUUCCCAUCACACCCAUCCCGGCCGCCCCCCUGCUACCUCUACUCAUCCUACACACAAGACCAGCAGCACCCCCACCACCAUCAGCAGGCGCCAUUCGGCCGCUCCCCCUGUCCGUCAUUCCUCGACCCCACCCCACCCAACUCGGCCAGGAGCACACCCGCCACAGGGCCGCUUAUCGAUGGUGAGCAGGACGGCACGGCGGGAAAUGGUGUGUUGUCAUCGCUUCUGCCGGCGCCGCUGUUUCCGCCCGAUACGCCCUGGGCCCACCCGCCUAAUUGCAACACCCAGGCGUCCUUCCCCGCCCCCGCCCCCAGCCCUCCCUUGCAGGAACAGUCGUCCCAUGGCAGCUGUGACGUCAGCCCCAACCACAGUGCUUUUGGGAACAUCGCCUCAGCGCCGCCGCUCAGCCACCUGGCAGCAUCACGUGCCAACACCAAGGUCACCAUCCCGCCGCCGCCCGUCCCCUCUGACUCGCCCGACUCUCCCGUGCGUCUCCAUUCGCGAGGGCUGCGACGAUGCACCACGUCUGAGCAGCACACAGGGGCGUGCAGCCCGAUGAGACCGUUGGGACUGCUGACACCUGCGAGUCGGUCGUUUUAUCGGGGCGGUGAAGGGGGCGGUGGUGCGCCGGUGUUUCUGAACCGGCUGGCCUCCUUCCCUGCGGGCGUGCGUGGUGGUGGUGGGGAUAAAGAGCCGACAACGCCCAUAUCCUUCUCUGUCCUCAAGCGGCGCAGCAAGCCCAAGGCCUCCCGCCCGAACUCCCUGCCCCCGAGGUCACGGAUGCGUCCUCGCCCCCUGCUUAUCCCCUACCAUCGUCAGCUCAGCGCAGCGCAGAAGAGGUCUCCCGACCAGCAGCCUGCGAGUUCGAAGGUGGUCGAGAGCGGGGCCAGUGGUGGUGGUGGGCUGCCGUCUCCCACCUCGGUGUGUGAGCGGGGGUCGUGCUCGUCCGAAGACUCCACUGCGGCCCGCACGGGCUGCAUCUCAGCGUCGGCCUCGCCGCUGGCGUCACCCACUGACGCCCAGACGGAGGCCACACCCGUGCUGCAGACGGCGGACAGAGCGGGAGAGAAUGCCACGCCGACGUUCCCUCUGCUGCCGACUUCCCAUGAGUCGAACGCGUCGUUCCCCGGUGCGGAUGGUGCCACCAUCACACUGGUGCACUGCGGUGGUGGUGCUGUUUGGAGGGAGAGGGCGAGCAGCCUGGUGGGUCGGUGCAUCGAGAGCAUGAGGGGGGAGAGGAAGGAGUGAGGUGGUGCACUGCAAGUGAUGGAUGGGCUGAUAUGAUGGGCUGGUGAUUGAUUGGUGAUAUCGAUCUAUCGUUUUGUAGAAGGGAGGGAGUGAGGGUAUGUAUGGCGCACCCACCGCACAGAAGUGUUUUCUCUGAAAGGUGGGUGGCAUCCAUGGCACUUUUUCGUUGGUUGGUGGGUUGGCUUGGUCUGUGGGCACAGUGAGGCCCCCUCCCCUCCCGCAGCAAGCAAGAGUGAUGGAUGAUAGGCGGGAGGGAGGGAGGGAGGGGCCUCACAAUGUGCCCACACAAAGGGGAGGGAGGCAGGGAGGGAGACAAGGAAAGCUGCAGGGAGCGACAGAGAGAGAGCUGCCCGCCUGUCUGCCGUGUAUGUCUGUGUCUAAUUUGAGUAGUGUCGUCUAUGGCUGGCUGGCAGGCAGGCAGGCAGGCUGCAGCUGAUGAGAGAGCGAUGAUAUCCUGCAAUUAACAGUGGGUGCAUUUGUAUGUCGUGUGUGUGUGUGUGUGUGUGUAUGUGGGCACCAACUGCACAGACACACGCGAGCGCAGAGCAGAGCAGGCGGCAUCUGACUCACUGGGUGAGUAGGGGAGGGAGGGAGUCUGUCUGUCUGUGUGUCUGUCAUCAAUCUAACCAUGGGUAUGUUUGUACGUAUGCGACAGACGGACAGGUGCAAUCGCCGUCCGUCAAAAGUCUUGCUUGGCUGGCUCUGUAACCACACCACACCUACACCCCCUAGGGCGCCUUUCUGGCCUCAUUUGUAUGCCCACACACGUCCUGCUGCAGACUGCGGGACGGCGAACGAACGAGUGCAUUGUGCAUGCCUAUGUGUAUUCCUGCCUUCUACCGACUGACUGACAGUCAAUGGCUUUUCCUGCUGUCGUGCCGUGCCGUGCUGUGUCGUGAAAUGUGCUCGUGCUUACGCUUUCUCUCUCUCUUGACCACACACACACACACACACACCCUCACGCACACCAACUCACUCACUCACCUUCUGCCCAUUUGCUUGUACAGGUAAAGUAAUCCGCUAUCUCUCGUCCUCCCACAAUUUUGACGAAAAGGCCCCCACUCAGCCGCACGGGCUGGCUGGGGGCGUGUUUCUUCGUCACCAUGCGUGUGUGUGUGCGCGUGUGUGCGUGUGUAUGUGUGUGUGUGCGACUCUCAUGUGUAUGCCGUGCUAUCGGCUCUGUCUGUAUGGAUGUAUGGCUGUGUCGGUCGGUGUGUCGGGCAUUGAUGUGUGUGUAUUCAUUCAUCAAUCUGUCGCUCGCUGGCAGAGGUACGUGUGCCUGGCUAUCCCUCCCCCGUUGCUUCGCUUCACACUGGCCGGCCGGCCCUUCCAUUCCUCUCUCGUCUCGCGCUCUGCACACCUGCAUGGAUGGAUGGAUCCCAUGUCAUGAUGGAUGCCAUCCAUCCAUGUAUGUGUGCUGUUCAAGUGCUCGCAUCUCCCUCUCUCUCUAUGUGGGUGCCUUCCUGUCUGCCCUGCCUGCAGUGGGUGAGGGAGUGGUCAGAUGGAUCUUCUCCUGAGUGUGAUUAUUGUGUCCCUCCGUGUGUGUGUGAGUGUGUGCGUGACAAUUUUGACUUGCACGCUGGAUGGUUGACUGACUGGAUGCCGUGUGGUGUGCGGACGGGUGGUGGAAGAGCCACCGCGCGCAGUGUACGAUACAAAGAUAAGCAGGCAGACAGGGAGGAGGAGGGAAGCGAUGUGUAUGCGAUGGAGUCUGUCUGGAACGACGCUGUUUUUUUGCUUUUCUAGUCUUUGGACGGCCCGGUGACCUACGCGUGUAUGUGUGUGAGCGAGCCGUGCCCUGCCCCCAUUUUCCCGCCUUGACCGUCGCGAGCGGAGGGCGCAUUGGGGUUUUUUGGCCAAUCGAUCGAGGCAGCCAGGCUAGCGAUGCAGGCAGGCAGGCAGGUUAUAUGGACAGAUAUGGACGGAAACAGGAGGACCUCGUGUGAGUGGAAAUGACUGGUGCAUUGAGGUGCCGGAGGAUGGCGGUUAGCGAGACGACCUGACACACACACGCAUACGCACACCAACCACACACGCAGAGAGAGAGGGGGGGGGCCAACUUGAGGGGCAGAGAGGAGAGACACAUCGGAUGGAGGUCUGUCUUCUUCAGUCAGAAUGUAUUCUAACCGGCUGUGUGCCGCGUGCUGCUGCGGCACUGUGUGGGAUGAGUGGUAGGAGGGAGUUACUUACUUGUGCGUGGGUGCGUGGGACUAACCCGCCCACUGCCCACGCCCCCGCGCACCGAGGUCAUCGAGUUUUUGUUUGUGUCACUUUUGGCGGGAGGGAUCGGAUCCUCUGGACGGAGUCUUUGUCAACUGGCUGGCUUGGUGGAUGCAUACGUGCAUGCAGGGGCAGGUAUACGUCAUGAAUGUGUGGUUUGUGUGUGUGUGUGUG